AUGGAACACCACUGUUCUUCGGCAGAAUCAGAAGGUAUUUCUGAUUUUUCUGGGGAAGGUCUGGAGCUACACGAAGAUUCAGUAAUAAAGUCUAAUGGAACAGUAGAAACAAGUCGAAAGAAAAGAUUAUGGGAUGUUUUAGUCAAAUUCUUCGUUGAUGACUUCUCCUUUGCUUUUUUUGUUCCUGUUAUGGGUACAGGUAUGGCAAGUAGUCUUUUAUAUAAUUUUCCUUAUCCUGGCAAAUGGUUAGAGGUUUGUGGGAUUAUAUUAUGGGGUAUUGCAAUAUUCUUUUUUUUUGUAGCAUUAGCUUCCUUAAGUGUUGUUUUCGUGAAAGAUUAUAAGCGUUUAGUUGAACUUCAUAUGGACAUAAGCGAAGCCCCUUUCAUGGGUUGUCUUGCUAUGGGAUAUGGAACAUUAUUGAACAUGUUAUUUUACUUGACUCGCACAAGCUGGAUUGUUGGGGUCUGGGUACUUUGGUGGAUCGAAGUUGUACUUUCUUUGUAUACCUUUGCGAUCGUAUUUUAUGUCGUUGCCCUUGCUAAGAAUAGAAAUCGUGAUAAUCAUCUCCCGCCUAAGGAUUUAAAUGCUACACUUUUGCUACCGGUUGUCACUUUGUCGGUGGCUGCAGCAUCUGGGGGACUAUUUGUAAGUGACUUGCCAUCUACACGCCUUAAAAUAAUCACUUUGGUAGUCUGUUUUAUAAUUUGGGCAAAUGCCAUUCUGAUGGGUCUCAUCAUCAUCACGAUAUACUUCUGGAAACUCAUUGUCUACAAAAUUCCAUCAACAAGUUUGGUGUUCUCAAGCUUUUUACCUAUUGGUAUAUUAGGUCAAGGGGGAUUUGGAAUAUUAUUGUUUGGUCAUAACAUAUUUGAGUUGAUAAUGGAUAACCAUUCAAGAGUACCCAUAUCAAAUUAUUUAUCCUACAUUCCUCCAAAAUAUUUUGAAAGCAUUGGUACGGAAACUAUUAGCUAUGUGAUAGGCUCAGUCAUUUUAUUCUCAAGUGCAUUGGCUGCGAUGUUCAUCACCGCUUUCGGUCACUACAUAACAUUUGUUGCUAUCAUAUCUUGCCUAUCCAAAAUUAGACCUUUCACGAAGCACUACGACGAAGAAUUUUCGUACGCACCUCAUAAUGCUUUCUUUUUCAAGAGGCAGUUUGCAGGGUUUAUCAAGUUCAAUCGAAACUUUUGGGCCAUGACGUUUCCUUUGGGCACAAUGGCUUUGUCAAACACAGAAUUUUGGAGAGUUUUUAAUGGCAUGGAAGCAUUUAGAGUGAUCGGCACAAUAUAUGCUGUCACUGUUAUAUUUAUCGUUCUCGGAUGCAUUAUUGGUAUCAUAUAUGAAAUAGGACAGAGUUUAAGGUACGUUUUUGUAGGUGAAAAGCUACCGCAAACGAACUUUAAAGUAUAG